AUAAAUGGCGUCAACAAUAAUUGCACAGAGCAGCAGCAGCAGCAGCAGCAGCAAUACGGGAUUGCCGUUGGAACAGACAUUGGCAACCAGUAGCGCCAGCAGCAGCAGCAGCAAUUCAUUGCCGGUAAUAUCAGCAACAGUUGCUGCCGCCGCCGCCGAUUUGCAUAAUACGCAUCUCAAUCAGCUGAGCAGUCUCAGUCAGCAUUAUACAGCGCCGUAUCAUCAGCAGCACUAUCAGCAGCAGCAUCAACAUCAACAGCAGCAACAUCAACAGCAGCAGCACUAUCAGCAGCAGCAACAUUGGGAUUACUAUGCGCGUCAGCAACAAGCGCCAGUUGCUAACAACAACAACAACAAUCGACAUGUGGCCAACAACAACAACAACAGCAGCAAUGCAACUGCUAAUGGCGCUGCUGCCAGCAGCAACAACAAUGGCCAUAGCCAUGCUCAGCAUGUUGCCAGUGCUGCCGCCACCGCCGCCGCCGUCGCAGUAAGCAGCAACGGUAACGGUAACGCCAACGCCAACUCCAAUCCCAACUCGAAUUCGAAUUCAAACUCCAACGGCAGCUAUACGCGUCCCUGGGAAAUGGAAUCCAAGGAGCAGUCGCAUCCACAGCCAACCAAGAGCGGCUUUGAGCCAUUCUCAAAGCUGCCCUCAUUCCAAAGUCAAUUCCAUGGCUACAACGAGCAGCUGCUGCCCGACGGCACGCCCAUGCCCAUGCCCAUUGCAGCAGCAGCAGCAGUGCCCGGAGGAGCAGCAGCAGCAGCCGCAGCAAUUGCUGCCAGCUCGCUCCAAACCGUAGCCAUGUCGCCGGCCAGCAUCUCGGUGAGCUCACCCGGCAUGAUGAGCGUUGGAUCGCCGCUAACACAGCUGCCGGGCAUGCAGAACAGCAUUACGCCGCCCUCGGGCAGUUUUGCGCCGCUGGGCGCACCGCCGCCGCCACCGCCACCAAAUGCUUUUCAUCAUAUGCACGCGCAUCAUCGCAACGCAGCAGCAGCAGCAGCAGCAGCUCCAUAUCCACUAAUGCCAACUGCUACAUCUGCCUUUGCGGAUCUGCAGCUUUAUCAGCCGCUAACGCCAACGAGCUUUGCGCCGCUGCUGAAGAAGGAGCCAAGCAGCGACUAUGACAUGUUAACGGGCAGCAGCAACAUGCUGCUCAAGAAGGAGGACUUUGAUCUCAGCAAUACGCAGCAGCAGCUGCAACACCAGCAGCAGCAACAGCAGCAGCAGCAGCAGCAACAUGCGCAUGCCCAUGCUCAUCUUGGCGUUGCCGUUGGCAUGCACACGCCCAGCUCAUAUGAUGGCAAUAGCAACAGUUUUCCGCACGCUGCCAGCAGCAGCGGCAGCCAUACGCCGCACACAACGCAACCGUCUCCGGCAGUGACGCUGGUCAAGGCGGAGAAGCUGCUGCAGUCGCCCAUAGCGCGGCUGGAUGCGCGUAAGAAGGAGCGACGGAAACCGCGGCCCAAUUCAUUGGAGUCCAGCGCCGAGAGUGAGGCCAGCGGCAUGGACGUUGAUCCCAGCGGCGGCAAUCCUGGACAAGUGGAUGCUGUCUCCAGCACGGCCAAUUUCAAGAGUCCGCUUAGUGCUUUGGGCAUGGGCGGCGACAGCAAUGAUGCCAAUGCCAGCGGCUGCGAUAAACAGUCCAAGAAGAAACGCAAACGCUGCGGCGAAUGCAUCGGCUGCCAGCGCAAGGAUAACUGCGGCGAAUGCGCUCCCUGCCGCAACGACAAGAGCCAUCAAAUCUGCAAGCAGCGCCGCUGCGAGAAGCUCACCGAGAAAAAGGAACCCAAAGCCAAAGCCAUCAUUUAUGGCGCCGACGGCCAACCUGUGCGUUCCGAUGCGAAGCGUGGACGCGGCAAAGGCAAAUCGAGUGGCGCUAAUGCUACCGCUGCUGUAAAUGCAACAGCAGUAGCUGCUGGAAAUGGAACACCAACAACUGGGUCACGCGCCCGCAAAAGCUCAACCAAAGCAACUAAACUGAAUGCAGCUGCAGCAACGUCAGCAACAUCGCCACGUCUAAGUCCAGCGCCAGUAGCAGCAGCAGCAGCAGCAACAUUGUUGCCGCAGCAAUCGCCAAAUACAACAACAACAGCAGCAGCAACAUAUACGCUGCAACAGCAACAGCAGCCGCAGCUACAACAUUAUCAGCAGCAGCAGCAGGCAACGCAGCAGCAACAUUUUCAACAGCAGCAGCACUUGCAGCAGCAGCAGCAACAACAACAACAUCAACAACAGCAGCUGGUGCAACAGCAACAGCAGCAACAUCAAGCAUCACAGCAACAUUUGCAUCAGCAGCAACAUCAAAUAACAGCACAAAUACAAACCAUGAAGGAUCAACCGCAACAACCUAUGGCACCCAUGGCCUUCUAUCCCACAUGGCAGGCGGAUCCGUCGCAGGGCUGGCAAAACCAGUUCAUACAGCAAAUACCACAGAAUACUCCAGCGGCCAUCACAUCGCUCAAUUCGUUGGAUUUCCAGACACAGUCCUAUGCUUAUCCAUCAAAUGGUUACGUGCAGACCGGACUUGGCUUCGAUCCCAACUACGGACGCUCGCCCUACGGCGCGCCAGUGCAGCGCUACGACUUUCAGAGCCAGCAGCUGUCCAGUGCGCCCGCCAUUAACCAGGUGGGAUUACAAAGCGUAGCAGCGGGUUUUGCACCAGGUGGCGUCAGCUAUGCCGGGCAGGUAUCAACAGCGCCAGUGCCAGCAAGUGCUGUGGGCUUGCAGCAGCAGCAACAGCAGCAGCAACAGCAGCAGCAGCAACAACAGCAGCAACAGCAGCAGCAACAUUUGGGCGCUGAUUUGAACAAAGCCAUGUCGGGAAACGACACGCCUGGAUAUCCGCGGGUGAGCAGCGUGCCGCCGCGCUCACUCAAUUGUAACGGAUAUCCAGGCGACUACAGCGGACAAACAGCAGCAGCCCACAGCAGCGCCAGCAACAGCAGCAGCAGCAACAACAGCAGCAGCAACAACGCGGCUGCCAAUCCCAAUGGCAAUGCAGUCGUAGCAGCACCAACAACAUCACCCAUGCAAACACAAGCAAUGCCACAAUCACCAAACCGCAGUCUAAUGCAGCAGCAGCAGCAACAACAGCAGCAACAGCAGCAGCAGCCACGCAUCGUAUCGCAAUCGCCCAAUCAAGUGCCGCCCUCGCCCAAUGGCAAUGUGCUGCAGCCCUAUGCACAACAGCAGCAACAGCAACAACAGCAGCAGCAACAUCUUGCUUCACCACCCAUGCAAGACUGGAACUGGAGCAACACACAGCAGCAGCAGCAGCAGCAACUCAACAGCGAUGCGUAUGCGCCUCAAGGCGAACGCCUGCAUUUGAAUACGCGCAUCAAGUCCAUGAUAAUGCGCAAAAGCGACAGCAAGGACUCGCCGCCUGAGCUGCAGCUGCAAGCGCAAGCAGCAACUGCUCAGCAGCAGCAGCAGCAACAACAGCAGCAGCAGCAGCAACAACAACAGCAGACCGGUCAUUUUUUAUCGUAUAGCCACCAUCUCCGACCCGAAACGGCGCUGAGCGCCAAUGGAUCGAGCAGCAUUGCCGAGCCUAACGGAGCUGGUGGCGAUCAAAUCUGGAAGCCGCAUCAUGCAAAUACAACAACAACACCAGCCGCAGCAGCAGCAGCAACAGCAGCAGACGAGCGUCUGCGCUUUUGUUUAGCUUUUAAGAAGCCACAAGCUGGCAGCGGCUACGCCAGCAAUGAGCAACAAUUGCAGCUGCAGCUGCAGCAACAUCAGCCAGGACAACAUACAACCAUCACACACGGCGAGGCGCCACAAGCAGCGCCGCCCAUAGCGCCACCCCCAGUGCAGCCCAAAAAGUCGCGCAGUCGCAGCAAAGCGUCGCGCGCUGCUGCUGCCGCCGCUGCCGAAGCCGCCGCAGCCGAAAUCGAACGCGAUCGCAAUGCCAACGACCCAGGCGGUGGAUUGAAAGCCGCACACGGCUCACACUAUCCGCCGCCUCCGCCUGGCAGCGCGCAGGACUAUCACGGGCAGUACAUCAAAACCGAGCCGGGCCUAAUGCCGCCGCAUGGCGGCCCCGGCGGCCAGCAGCCCAACAAAAUGGAGGGCUACGAGCGCAACUAUCAAAACUUUAUACAAUACGCGGACUUUUGCCAGAACGACGGUCAGGGUCAGCCCGUGCAGCAUCAGCAGCAUCAGCAGGACUACGCCGGCUAUCAUCACAACUCGGCCUACUAUGGCGCCGGCGCCGGCAGCUUUCAGCAGAACUUUCAGCAGAGCUUUGUGCCCGGCUAUCAGGGCUAUGGUGGGCGUGGCAAGCCGCCCACGCAGCCCGCACAUCAUGCGCAUGGCAACAGCAUGCUGGAGCUGGAUCGCAAGCCGGACACCAACAGCAUCAUACCACUGCCCACGAACUAUGAGAAGGACAUCCCAGCGCAUGCGUAUCCCAUACCCGCUCAUCGCUACGCACUAGGACAUGGCGCGCCACCACCACCGCCACCACAUCUGGCGCAUCACGGCAUGCUGGAGCCCAAGCUUGAAGACAUGAGCAUGCUGGGUCAUGGUCAUCAUGCUCAUGGCUAUCCCUACAUGCCGGAUGGGAAGCCACUGAACAAUGGCUUCAGCUGCUGCCGUCAGGGCGGCACGCGUCCACCCACUGCGGAGCAUCUCAAAGACGGCAGCUGCUUAGCUCUCGCCAUACAGCCCAAGGAGGAGAUUUUAGAUGAGGAUGAGCUCGCCGAGGCGCACAAUGGACUCAAGGGCAAGGCGUUGAAAAAACAAAAACCCGAUGAAAUACCCGAAAUUGUGGUAAAGCAUGAAAAGAUCAAUCCCAUGUUCGAUACAACGGAUCGCUUGGAAAAGGGCAACAAAACGGAAAUACCCGAAUGCGAGUGCUUCCAGUCGGACAAGAAUCCACCUGAGCCGGGCACCUACUACACGCAUCUCGGCACAGCUUCCACAUUAAUGGAGCUGCGACGUGAGUUUGAGGAGCGCUGUCAUCUGAGCGGACGACAGCUGCGCAUAGAGAAAAUCGUUUACACUGGCAAGGAGGGCAAAACAACGCAGGGUUGUCCUGUGGCCAAGUGGGUGAUACGACGUGCAGAUCCCGAAGAGAAAAUAUUGGUUGUGGUGAAGAAGCGACCGGGACACAGAUGCAUUGCGGCUUAUAUUGUGGUGUGCAUGGUGGCCUGGGAUGGAAUGCCGCGUCUGGAGGCGGACAAUGCGUACAAGAAUCUAAUACCGAAGCUUAACAAGUACGGACUGCCCACAACGCGACGCUGUGCAACAAAUGAGAAUCGCACGUGCGCAUGUCAAGGUUUGGAUCCGGAAACUUCGGGCGCUUCUUAUAGCUUUGGCUGCAGCUGGUCUAUGUAUUACAAUGGCUGCAAAUAUGCGCGCUCCAAGACUGUGCGCAAGUUUCGACUGUCGGUGAAGAGCGAGGAGGCGGCCAUUGAGGAUCACAUGAAUCUAAUUGCCACACUGCUGGCGCCAGUGUUCAAACAAGUUUGUCCGCGCAGCUACGACAAUCAAACCAAGUACGAGCAUGAGGCGAGCGACUGUCGUCUGGGUCUGGAGCCGGGCAAGCCCUUCUCGGGCGUGACCGCUUGUCUCGAUUUCUGCGCGCACUCGCAUCGCGAUUUGCAUAAUAUGCAGGAUGGCUGCACUGUGCAUGUGGCGCUGCUCAAGCCAAACAAUCGCGACAGUCGCCUGCCCGACGAUGAGCAGUUCCAUGUGCUGCCGCUUUACACCAUGGACGGCACGGAUGAGUUCGAAAGCGUUGAGGGGCAGCGCGACAAGCAUCGCACUGGCGCCGUUCAAAUGCUGGACAAAUUUCCUUGCGAAGUACGCGUGCGCAGCACGCCGCUCAUACCAUGUCGACGUCAUGGCAAAAAGCGCAAAGAGGAUGAAGCGAAUGCGCCGGAUGGCGAGCAGGAUUCUGUGGCCGAUGGCAACAGUCAGAGCAGCAGCAAUGGCACAAUGAACAGCGCGCCGCUUGCCAGUCAGCAAAGCAGUCCGCUGGGCAUAAUCAAAAAGGAAAACGGCAGCAGCAGCAGCAACAGCAACAGCAACAGCAGCAGCAGCAGCGCCAAAAGUAAAGCCAAAGCCAAGUCAAACAGCUCGAGCGCUUUGACGCCCGGCGCAGCGCCACCUACAACGCCCUCGCCGCGCUGUCAAACGCCUGUGACCAACAAUCCCAGUCCAGCUGGCAGCGCAUUCAGCACGCCGCCAGUUAAUCCACAUGCAGCAGCAGCUGCAGCCAAUGGAAAUGGCGCUGGCGCGACUGUUGCUGCGCCUGGCGCACAGCCCAAUCAGCUGAUGAGCUCCAAUUCGAGCUUGAUGAACAUGGCCACCAUGAUUGACACGUUCACGGAUGCGCAGCUGCAGUCCAAUCAGAUCUCGAGCACAGUGCUGGACUCGCCCUACUCCUAUGACUACCAAACGGGCAGCUACAUCGACUCACGCAACUACUACGGCAAUUGGCCGCCGCAUGCCAUGAGCAUGGGCAGUGCAGCGCUAACGCCCACAACGCCCACAGCGCCCAUAGCGCAACAUGCGCCAGCAACAGCAGCAACAAUUGCAGCGCCAACAGCAGCGCCAGCAGUUAAUGCAGCGCCGCCUACAACAGUUGCUGCUGCCGCUAUGACGCCAACAACGCCGCUGAGCACGCCCACGCCACCGCAACAUGAUGCAGUCAAUGGCUAUGCGCCUAGCUACAAUAAUCUAAGCGUGCCACAGCAACAGCAGCAGCAGCAGCAACAGCAGCAACAGCAGCAAACGCAAGCGCCCAUUGGCGGCGGCGGCGUCGAGCUGCCCGGCGUCGAACUCAAAUCGCGUCUAAGCGAGGAAAAUCCCGACUCCACCACGCUGGUGAAUCACAACUUGGCCGAGAGUAAGUUAACCGCCUUGACAGCCAUGCAACCCAUGACUAAUCUGCAACAAAUCCAUCAUCACCAUCAUCAUCAUCAUACGCCAGAGGGUUUCGUCAAGCCCAAGCCGCCGCCCAGCGACUAUCAAUACGCGCAGUAUCCGAACAACUAUCAAAUGUAUCCGCCACCGCCGCCGCCGCCGCCGCCACACUCCGCCUACAGCGCCUAUGAUGCAUAUCAGAACAUGAACUACAACUACGGCUAUCAUCAUCAGGCGUACUCGCCCUACGGCAUGUACCCGCAGCAGACGCCGCCGCCCACGCCGCCGCCGCCGUCCGCCGCAAGCAAUUGGAACGUCUAUGGGCAUCAUCAAAGCUCGGCGGGCUAUGCGGGCGGCGCAGCUGGCGCAGGCGGCAUGCUGCUGGCCACACAAGGUCCAGUCGGACCAGCAGCAACGCUAGCCAAGCCUACAGCGCCGCUAGUAGCGCCGUUGCAGCAGCAGCAGCCACAGCAGCAGCAGCAGCAACAGCAGCAGCAACAACUGCCCGCAACUCCACCACAAACUGUGCUGCCCGAUCUAAGCAAUGGUCAGCUGCAUGUUGAGCCCACAGCCACGCCCAUUGCUGCGCCUUUAAGCGACACGCCGCUUAUGAACGCCGCUGCCAACAACAACAACAACAACAACAGCAGCAGCAGCAACAGCAACAGCAGCGACAGCAAUGUGAACAGCGUUGCUGCAAUUGCCACAGUUGCCGCCGCCGCCAGCAGCAAUACAAACAAAAUCGAGCCCAUUGGUGAGGUGGCCGAAAUCAAUGAAAACAUUGAAGCCUUUCAAGAUCCACAAAUGGGCGGCGUUGCCAUUGCGCUCAAUCAUGGCAGCGUCUUAAUCGAAUGCGCCAAGCAUGAGAUGCAUGCAACGACAGCAGUGCGACGUCCCGAUCGGCAUCAGCCCACGCGCAUGACUUUGAUAUUCUAUCAGCAUCGGAAUUUGAAUCGCGCGCGUCAUGGCAUCGAUGAGUGGGAGGAGAAAAUGCGCGUCAAGAAGAUCAACACGGAUAUCGACAACAAAGCCAAAGAAGAACGCGAGCGUUUGCUUAAGAAAGCUGCAGGCGAGGAUGAUGACGAUGAGGAAAUGUUGCAUGACCAUGAGCUGGCCACGCCCAUUAAAAAGGAAGUGAGCUCAGCGGUUAAGAACGGCGCCAGCAGCAGCAAAAAGAAAAAAAGUGAUAAUAGCAAAAAGUCGCAGCAGCACAACAACAACAACAACAAUAAUAAUAAUAACAACAACAGCAGUGAGCAGCCAAAAAACGAGAAAGUUGCCCUCCACGCACCAACACUAACAACAACGUCGUGGACGACCCUGUUCCCUAUGCAUCCAUGUGUAGUUACGGGUCCCUAUCAGGAGGGCAAUAGCAGUCCCACAUCGUCCACGAAUGGCAGCCAGCCACAGCAGCAGCAGCAGCAGCAGCAGCAGCAGCAACAGCAACAGCAGCAGCAACAACAGCAGCAACAAACAGCAAUUGCUGCUGAGCGACAAGCCUGAGCGAUUUCUACCAACACUUUCAAUGCUAGCCAAUGCUCUGUUAGCCACAACAAACGACUGAAUUCUAUACACAACAUAAUUAUUUUUGUAAGCGCAGCCUGAUUUCAAAAACAAACUCGUGUGCCAUACAAUUGAGCGUUGGAAUAUAAAACAGAGCGACAGAGCCGCGGCUUAUACAGCAUUCCAGCAUGCAGCUAUACACAAAUAUUACACACACACACACACACAGUCACACACUAAAGUGCAGCUAGUUUUUUUUUGAUAUAAAAGUGUUUGCAACAACUAAUUUUAGUUUUCUAAGCGCAACAAGUUUCUGUUUUCUACUACAAAAAAUCACUAAAAACAAAAUACAAACUAAACAAUUUAAGCUUAAACGAAUAACAAAAAAAACUGUUAGUGGAAAAGAUCAUUGCCAAAAGUACAAAUAAACCAAUUUUUUAAACAAAACUAGCAAACAAAAGCAACAUAAAACGUUUAAAGAAUUUCGCAAAAAUAGUUUUACAAUUUAAAAUUUACAAUUUGCAAUUUGCUUUUGAUGUUCGCGAGCGUCAAGUGACUUGCAAAUUGUUGCAAAUGUUGCAAUUGUUGCUUUUGCGCACUGCAUGUUGCAAAUGCAGCGGCUGCAACAUUUCAACACACACAGGCACACACACACACCAAUACACAAACAGUUUACAAUUUAAAGCGCAUGCUAAAGAAUUUUUGUAGGCAAAACGCGUAGUUUAGAGCAAAGUGAAAGUAAGUGAAAGAACGAUUAGUGUUUGCUAAGCUUAGCAUACGUAACGGUAAACAGCAUAUGAAACAUGAUUCGCAACAAGACAUUUUUUAAUACCUUAAUGCUAAUUUAAACUAAGUUUAAGCAAAACAAAACAA